AUGAAGACGACAAAAAAGAAAAAGCCAUGGUGUGAUCAUUGUAAAAAACACUGGCACACCCGUGAAACAUGUUGGAAGAUUCAUGGGAAACCACCAAACUGGAAGAAGAAAGGAGUUGAUAAUCGUGGCUCUCAAUAUCAACAUGGUCAGGCUUUCCAAACUUGUUUUGAUCAGGGACAGCAGUCUUCUCCAGAAACAUCUCCAUUCACAAAGGAACAACUGGAAAUUCUGCACAAACUCCUUCAAUCUCCACAAUUUCGUCCUAGUGCACCAAAUCCUUCUAAUCCUUCUUGUUCUUUUGCUGAAACAGGGAAUAAUAAAGUCAAGAUAGCUGAUGGUUCCUUCUCUGCAAUUGCUGGAAAAGGAACUGACAAGGUCUCGGGGAAGACGAUUGGCAGUGCUAGAGAAUCUGGAGGUCUUUAUUUUCUUGAGAAUGGGAACAACUCACUACAACUGAAUCCAAUUUGUUUGAACUCUACUUCUGUUUUGAAUAAAGUCAUGCUUUGGCACUAUAGGCUUGGACAUCCUAGUUUUUAUUAUUUAAGACAUUUGUUACCUCAACUAUUUAGAAAUAAAAAUCCGUCUUUGUUCCAAUGUGAAUUCUGUGAAAUGGCUAAGCAUCACCGAUCCUUUUUUCCCUCUCAAAAGUAUCAGGCUUCAAAGCCUUUUACGAUGAUUCAUAGUGAUGUUUGGGGACCAUCUAGGAUUUCAACAAUGUCUGGAAAGCGAUGGUUUGUAACUUUUAUUGACGAUCAUACUAGGCGAGUUGGGUUUAUUUAUUGA